CUUUUCUCCCCUCCCACCCCCACUACUCCCUCACGUUGGACCAGUGUCCUGGGCCUUUAAGAGUUGGAUGGGCUGGACUGAGAAGAGAGCCCACACCUCUCCCCACCCUACUCCUUCUCUCCGGCUAUAACUCUGCCAGUCACAGCAGCAAGCGGCAGUAGCAGAGGGAAGGAGGAAAGCGAGAGCAAAAAGGAGCCAAGGAGAAAAGGAGCCAGGCUGAGCUUCCUCAUCCCACAGUGGAAGGCAUCGCAGAGCUCGGGAGGCAUAGCUCGCAGACAGAGGACUGCCACUCUAUCCUGCCCACGGUGACUCUGUUGCCAGCUGGUGGAGCAGUGAGUAAUGGCAUCCCUGUUGCAAGACCGAUUGACCACCGAUCAGGACUUGCUGCUGAUGCAGGAAGGCAUGCUGAUGCGCAAGGUGAGGUCCAAAAGCUGGAAGAAGCUGAGAUACUUCAGACUUCAGAACGACGGCAUGACAGUCUGGCAUGCACGGCAGGCCAGGAGCAGUGCCAAGCCCAGCUUCUCAAUCUCUGAUGUGGAGACAGUGCGUAAGGGCCAUGAUUCUGAGUUGCUGCGCAGCCUGGCAGAGGAAUUCCCCCUGGAGCAGGGCUUCACCAUUGUCUUCCAUGGCCGCAGCUCCAACCUGGACUUGGUGGCCAACAGUGUUGAGGAGGCCCAGAUCUGGAUGCGAGGCCUCCAACUGUUGGUGGACCUUGUUACCAGCAUGGACGAACAGGAGCGGCUGGACCAAUGGUUGAGUGACUGGUUCCAGCGUGGAGACAAAAACCAGGAUGGUCGGAUGAGUUUCCAAGAAGUUCAGCGCUUAUUGCACCUGAUGAAUGUGGAAAUGGACCAAGAAUAUGCCUUCAGUCUUUUUCAGGCAGCAGACACGUCCCAGUCUGGGACUCUGGAGGGGGAAGAAUUUGUACAGUUCUAUAAGGCAUUGACUAAGCGUGCUGAGGUGCAGGAACUAUUUGAAAGCUUUUCAGCUGAUGGGCAGAAGUUGACCUUGCUGGAAUUCUUGGAUUUCCUCACAGAGGAGCAGAAAGAAAGAGACUGCACCUCUGACCUUGCUCUGGAACUCAUUGACCGCUAUGAGCCUUCGGACAGUGGCAAACUGCGGCAUGUUUUGAGCCUGGACGGCUUCCUCAGCUACCUCUGCUCUAAGGACGGUGACAUCUUCAACCCAGCCUGCCUCCCUGUCUACCAGGAUAUGACUCAGCCCCUGAGCCACUACUUCAUCAACUCCUCUCAUAACACCUACCUAGUGGGGGACCAGCUUUGUGGCCAGAGCAGCGUCGAGGGAUACAUACGGGCCCUGAAGCGGGGGUGCCGCUGUGUGGAGGUGGAUGUUUGGGAUGGACCUAGCGGGGAACCCAUUGUUUACCACGGACACACCCUGACCUCUCGCAUCCUUUUCAAAGAUGUCUUGGCCACAGUGGCACAGUAUGCUUUCCAGACAUCAGACUACCCAGUCAUCUUGUCCUUGGAGAACCACUGCAGCUGGGAGCAGCAACAGACCAUGGCACACCAUCUGACCGAGAUCCUGGGGGAGCAGCUGCUGAGCACCACCUUGGAUGGGCUGCUGCCCACUCAGCUACCCUCACCUGAGGAGCUUCGGAGGAAGAUACUGGUGAAGGGGAAGAAGUUAGAGACACUUGAGGAAGAUCUCGAGGAAGAGGAAGAGGAAGAGGAGCCAGAGCCUGAGCUGGAAGGAGAGGAGGAGUCAGAAUUGGUGGUGGAACCCCGGUUUGGGACUGAGCCCCAGGAGCUGAGUCCUCGGAGUAAGGAUAAAAAGGAAAAGAAAUCCAGGCCCAUCUUGUGUCCAGCCCUCUCUGCUCUGGUUGUCUACUUGAAGUCUGUCUCAUUUCACAGCUUCACUCAUUCAAAGGAGAACUACCACUUCUAUGAGAUGUCAUCCUUCUCUGAAACCAAGGCAAAGAGGCUCAUCAAGGAAGCUGGCAAUGAAUUUGUGCAGCACAACACCUGGCAGUUAAGCCGUGUGUAUCCCAGUGGCCUGAGGACAGACUCUUCCAACUACAACCCCCGGGAACUCUGGAAUGCAGGCUGCCAGAUGGUGGCUAUGAAUAUGCAGACUGCCGGGCUUGAAAUGGACAUCUGUGAUGGGCUCUUCCACCAGAAUGGCAGCUGUGGCUAUGUGCUAAAGCCAGACUUUCUGUGUGAUGCCCAGAGUUCCUUCCACCCUGAGAGGCCCAUCAGCCCUUUCAAGGCCCAGACCCUUUUAAUCCAGGUGAUCAGUGGUCAGCAACUCCCAAAAGUGGACAAGACCAAAGAGGGGUCCAUUGUGGAUCCACUGGUGAAAGUACAGAUCUUUGGUGUUCGUCCAGAUACAACACGACAAGAGACCAAUCAUGUGGAGAACAAUGGUUUUAAUCCAUACUGGGGACAGACACUAUGCUUUCGGGUCCUGGUGCCUGAACUCACUGUGCUGCGUUUUGUGGUAGAGGAUUAUGACUGGAAGUCUCGAAAUGACUUUAUUGGUCAGUACACCCUGCCUUGGACCUGCAUGCAACAAGGUUACCGCCACAUACACCUGCUCUCCAAGGAUGGCACCAGCCUCCACCCAGCCUCUAUCUUCGUGUAUAUCUGCAUACGGGAAGACCUGGAGGAGGUUGAAUCCUGAGGUGGGCACUUCACGGGAAGGGCAAGUGUGCUGGCUUUAGAUGGUGAGAAAAGCUGAGAAGGAUGUUCUAGAGAGCAAAUGGAGGUGGUGAAAACCAAGCUUUGGAUUGUGCAUUCCUAGGCACAAAACUACCUCAUCCUUCCCAACAAGCAAAUCUGGGACCUGAUUUUUCACCUUUCUCUUCCCUUCCUUUGUUUUCACAGCCUUUGGUAUCUUUCCUGCCCUUUUCCUUUGUGUACUCUAUACUGGAGUUCCCCCCUUCCUCUUGCUGUAGGCUCAAUUCCAUACCCAGAUCUACGACUAAUCUUUCCCAUCAAAUCCGGUGCGAAGGCAGAUUACAACUAGAAAUUUGGAGAGGGAUUUGGAGCAGAGAAACCUAAAGAAGCAUCAUCCCCUCCACCCCUAACUUUUUCAAAGCCCAGAGCCAAGGGAAGGAUAAGUCAAGGCUCAAGUGUCCCUGGGCAAAGGUUAGGGAAGGAGACCUGACCCCAGGAUUGUACUAUGACUCUCAAGAUAACACUGCACAGCGCUAAGAAUCCCCACUGGACUGCUUCUUCUUAGCCCUGCUGGUAUAAAUAGAGUUUCUCUCUCCAAUUUGGC